UCAGAAAUUCACAAGGAGAGAGAAAAUGGGAAGGAAGAAAGGAGUGGCGGAUUUCGAUGAGGCGGCGCCGGACGAUUUUGAUCCGGCGAAUCCGUACAAGGACCCGGUGGCGAUGCUGGAGAUGAGGGAGCACAUAGUGAGAGAGAAGUGGAUCCAAAUAGAGAAGGCCAAGAUUCUCCGGGAGAAGCUGCGGUGGUGCUACCGCGUCGAAGGCAUCAACCACCUCCAGAAGUGCCGCGUUCUUCGCGACCAGUACUUGGAGUCCACGCGCGGCAUCGGUUGGGGCAAGGACCACCGUCCAUAUGAAUUCCAUGGCCCUAAGAAAGUGGAGGAGGCCGAGUCGGAGUGAUGGCUUCAGGUGAAUAAGUUUGGCCUGCAGAGUAAGCUUAAUCUGGAGGGAAGUUGGGGAUCACAUACAUCAUCUGGUGCAUUGUCGUUGUUUUCUUGAUCUGUCUUAACUAGACCCUGGGAAGAACGGUUGUUUCUUUUCUCUUUCUUGUCACAGAUGAAGUUCAGAUGUUGGGCUUUGACUUUUCUGUAGAUUAUCUUGCUUGUUACUUGUUAGCUUCCAAAUAUUGAAAGAGAUAUGGCUUGAGCUAUUAUGCUUAGACAAAUGAAAAUAAAUUCUCUCUGGUUGAUGAUUCAUAAAUCUCUUAUAAAACAACAGUCAUCAUUAGCAGCUGUUAACUUUCCUAGUUUUGAUUAGAGUAUGUGUACUUUUACAUCCCUGAAUUUUCUUUUGCAUCUGUAUGCUGUUUUGCCAUUAUGAAAUUACUAUUUAGGGAUGAAUUGAACUGACAA